GAAGCAUCUCAGCUGCUCCAGAUCCUGCAGGCCUUACAGCCAACUCUCUCUAUAAACGGAAGGCCAUCUCUGUCGAGUUCGCCAAGGGAUCCAAACGGGAUGUGUUUCUGACUGAUGGUAGUAGAGUGAGUGCUGCUACAGCUGCCAGUACAGCCAUCGCUGCUGCCCAGUGGUCUGUUACCCAGAAGGCCCAGUCCCUGUCCUCUACCUUCCGGCAUGGUGUGGAUGUGGGGUUGUACCACCAGGGGGCAGCAGUAACCCUGGGAGUCUGUGAAGAAGAGGAGAACCUGGACUACAAGUCCCAGACAGUGGUAACAGUGGUCUCGUCUGAGGCUGUGGUUUCUGGAGUGGACGGCGUACAGCUGUCUUUGGGACAAUCACAAUCUCCGCUCAUCACUACGGCAACCACACAGCAGGUAGAGAUAGUGGGUAAGCCUCAGCCUCCUACUCCCACCCACCCUGCCACCCCCGGAACUGCACACGAGUACCAACAAUACCCGGUCCCGGACGUGUCCACCUACCAGUAUGAGGAGAGUUCUGGCUUCUACUACGACCCUCUAACUGGACUGUGUGACCCCAAUUCACAGGUAGCACAUAUUCUACUACGACCCUCUAUCUGGACUCCACUCGACCCUCUAACUGGACUCUACUACGACCCUCUAUCUGGACUCUACUACGACCCUCUAUCUGGACUCUACUACGACCCUCUAACUGGACUCUACUACGACCCUCUAACUGGACUCUACUACGACCCUCUAUCUGGACUCUACUACGACCCUCUAACUGGACUUUACUACGACCCUCUAUCUGGACUCUACUACGACCCUCUAUCUGGACUCUACUACGACCCUCUAUCUGGACUCUACUCGACCCUCUAA